GAAAUGAAUGUUCCAUAGAGCAGAUGGAGCAUGUGCGGAGUAUGCAGGAGAAACUUGCUCGCCUCAACCUGGAGCUCUAUGGGGAGCUGGAAGAACUCCCUGAAGAUAAAAGAAAACUAGCCAGUGACUCCAACCUGGAUAGGCUGCUGUCAGAUCUAGAAGAACUGAAUUCAUCUAUCCAAAAACUCCAUUUAGCAGAUGCUCAGGAUAUUCCAAAUGGUGCCACAGGCUGA